AUGGCGUCAUCAUCACCCGAUGCUUCGUCUAGUCAAACAACAUCCACCCGCUCCAUUAUAACUCUGGAUGGCUAUAUCAGCUCUGGCAAAGCCCCAACGAGCUCCGAAGUACUCCGAGACCAUGCCAUGUUGCAGGAUUUUGUAGCCUACUUAGAGCUGCGUCUCAAGUCCCAGAAUUUGUCAAUUCUGCGCCGCAUCUUUGCUGAUUUCCUCAAUGAACACGAGUACACAUUAAUACCCAUGAUGCAUCAAGGCUGUACUAUUAUCACUAUCUUCCCCGUCGAGAGAACCAGUGCCCGACGACGGCGACAAGCCGAAUUUCUGCUAUCCAAGCCAAAAUUCCACCUCAACUUCUCGCGCGGGUGUGUGUUUCUCUAUCUGCAGUACCGUACAGCGACGCGAAACAUGGCGUUGCUCAAGCAUUUGUUCCUGGAGUUCAUAGGCCAACGCGAGACGUCUUUGCUGGCUUUCGUGGAGCGAGGGUGUCAGGUGAUCAGUGUGAUCCCUUUUGAGCUACCGCGGAUUACUCCACCUGCACGUCUGCUACCGCCUCAACUUGAGCAACGUGCAUCGCCUUGCGCAGUCGAGAAUGUGGCAGGACAGGAACAAGCUACUUCGGAAGUGGCCGGGGUGAAGAAGACCAAGAAGAAUGAAGUUGCGGUGAGCAACACUAGGCAAAGGCAAUCGUCGACAGCUCGAGCAGACGUUGCUGAGCAGCAACCUUCUGAACAGCGGCCUGAAGAAAGAAGAAGUCAUAGCGCUGUAAAGACGAGUAUCGAACCACCUGCCGCGGUCGUUCUCAACGGGUCUGAAAUUGUCACCAGACGACGUCAGAAGCGUACUCUCGUCGCCUCCACUGCAGGUUCCACUUGCAGUAGAGAUAAUGAAGCCACUAAUGUGCCUUUAACCUCGAAUGACGCCGCAGUAUUGACGCUAAAAGGUGGCAGAACAAUUACGCCUGGCACUGUGUCGCCACAGCAACAACCAACUGCUGUUGAAGAGCAGGAUGAGGGGAACGUACCGACAGAAGCUUCGACAACUGAAACUCUGCCAACGUUUAUGCCUAACGAAACUUCGUCAACUGCGACACCAGGGAACGCCACUGGACGCCGAAGCAAGCAUGCUGGCGUUGCCUCCACCAAUGAAUCUGGUGACAGCAAAGUUGAUGAAACCAUUAAUGUGCCUUGGAAUUCAAGUCCUACCGCUAUAUCGGCCCUACAACAUGGUGAAACAUUGACGUCAGGUGCUGUGCCACUACAACGAAAACCAACCGCUGUGGUAGAUCAGAAUGAGGGAAACGUACCGAUUGAAGCUUUGGCAUCUAAACGUAUGCCGACAGAAGCUUCGCCAACCACAGCUUGGUCAAAUGAGGCACUUGUGGAUACUACCAAGUGCCACAACAAGCGGACUGGUGUCGCCUCCACCAAUGAAGCUGCUAGUAACAAAGUCUGGCAGGACAAAAACGCUCCCACGGCUGGAUCGACAUCAAAUUGCAGCAAAACGUCGAAGGCUAAUUAUGUGCUACCACGACACGAUUUAGUUGCUGCGGCUGUGGGCCAGGCUGAAGUUAUGUCAAAUGAUAUUGUGCCAGCUUUAUCUGGUGAUUUGGCUAUCGAAACUUCGUCAACUGAGGCUGUUACUAGCGAGCUUGAGAUCAGCACGAAUCGCCGACUCAAGUGUGUUGAUGACGCCCAAAGCGACGAAGCCAAUCGAGAGGGCAAAGUGACACUUUUCUUGAAUCCUGCCGCCGAACUAACUCCAACGCAAGGCAGAAAUCCGGAGGCUGGUGAUGUGCCGCCACAACAACCUCCAGCUAGUGAACAGUGCGAAGCUUCGCCAGGUGUAGCUUCACCGACUAAAGCUCCACAAACUGAAGCGCCUACUGAAGUCUUAUCGGAUUCCCAGCCCAAGCGAAGAAGGGAGCGUGAUAAUGUGACUGACGAAAAGAGGUCGCGCAAAAGAGGCAAGCCUUUCAUGACUGAAGAAAUGUGCCGUAAUCAAUUGGAUUUGACACGAAAGAUAGGAAUCCUUGAGGCACAGAGUCCCUGGAAGACGUCUCAUGGCAAUUUGCCAGCGCCGUUUGAUGCUGAGAGGUACCCUGAGCUUGCGAGAAAGUUUUCUCGAUUUUGGCGCAAACACGUGCAUGCCGUGUGGGAGCGGAAGUUUUGGGCUCCUAUGUCCCGCAAAUUGUGCCUGCCCGCUUUCAACAAACGCAAUAAUCGUCAGCUAAUGGCGAAAAACGCGUUCGAGCUGCUAAUUGUGUCUGUAUAUGAAGAGUUUGGUGCGGCUUUUUUCGUUGAGAUUGACGCGCUGAAAGAGCGACACCCAGGUUGGUGGUAUCGGGGCCCCGUUGUUGCUUUGUUCGCCCUUCAGCAGAUCAAGGGCGAGGAUACAAUGUGGGACUACGUUAAUAAUCAGGCUUUCCUGCGCUUUCCGGACUGCAAUCUACCGAUUCCACUGACGGCAGCCAACUCUGGCGCUGUGCGAAUCGGGCACAAACGAGAGAGCGAGUCUAUGUGGAUGGUUAACCACCAGCUAACCGCAGGAAUUCUUCACGAGAUUGCUGCACUCAAGGCAGAGAAGCAAGCACAUGAACAGGAAUUGGCCAGCCAAAUUACAACGAUUGAACAUGACCGCGAUGUGGAAAAUGAAACUGCGCUGGUGGAAGCGUUGGAACUGAUGUGA